UCGUGUGGUGAGCCUUCCUGGGGGCUGACGCCACCAUUUCAGGAGCCUCUCUGGGCGGAGAGAGUGUCUGAGCAGGAGCAUCUCAACACAGGACUCCAGUGCGUCCUCCAUACCUCUGCCCCCAGCUUCCAGAAGCCCAGACGCCCCGGUCUCCACAGCUCCAUGGGUUCCUAUGUGCUCCUCCCGGGCCUCCUUCUCCUGCUGCUGCCCACGCCGGCCCCAGCCCCCUGCCACACGGCCACCCGCUCCGAGUGUCGGCGCAACCAUCUGGUUGUGCCCGGCUCAGCGCUGGCUGGGGAGGGCGUGGACGUGACCAGUCUCCGGCGUUCAGGCUCCUUCCCAGUGGACACAGAGACCUUCCUGCGGCCCGAUGGCACCUGUACCCUCUGCCACAAUGUCCUGAAGGAGGGCGCCCUUCAGCGCCUGCCUCUGGCGCUGACCGACUGGCGCGCCCAAGGCUCAGGCUGCCGGCGCCAAGUGGUCAGGGCCAAGGCCGGUUCCACUGAGGCUGUGGCCAGACAAGCAGCCAGCAACAUCCGCAACGACUGGCGAGUGGGGCUGGACGUGUCCCCCAAGCCCAGUGCCAAUGUGCACGUGACCAUGGCCGGCUCGCACUCUGACGCGGCCAACUUCGCUGCCCAGAAGACCUACCAGGACCAGUACAGCUUCAGCAUGGACUUGGUGGAAUGUCGCUUUUACAGUUUUCAUCUGGUACACUCUCCCCCACUGCACCCCGAUUUCCAGAAGGUCAUCAGAGACCUGCCCCCCCACUUCAACACCUCCACCGAGGCCCACUACCUCAGACUCAUCUCCAACUACGGCACCCACUUCAUCCGGUCCAUGGAGCUGGGCGGCCGGGUCUCGGCCCUCACUGCCCUUCGCACCUGUGAGCUGGCCCUGGACGGGCUCAGGGACAAAGAGGUGGAGGACUGCCUGAUGGUGGAGGCCCAGGUCAGCAUAAGCGGCCAUGCUGCCUCUUCGGCAGAAUACAAGAACUGCGAGGACAAGAAGAAGCACCACAAGAUAACCACCUCCUUCCACCAGACCUAUCGGGAACGCUUUUCCGACAUAGUCGGCGGUCACCACACCUCCGUGAGCGACCUGCUGUUUGGGAACCAGGCCGGGCCUGAGCAGUUCUCAGCCUGGGUGGCCUCCCUGCUGGACAGCCCCGGCCUGGUGGCCUACUCUCUGGAGCCUCUUCACGUGCUCCUGCACAGCCAGGACCCGCGGCGGGAGGCCCUGAGACAGGCCGUGAGCAAGUACGUGAUGGACAGGGCCCGCUGGAAGAACUGCAGCAGGCCCUGCCCGCUGGGGCAGAGGAAGAGCCCUCACGACCCAUGCCAGUGUGUCUGCCACAACUCGGCGGUGACCAACCAGGACUGCUGUCCCCGGCAGAGGGGCCUGGCCCACUUGGAGGUCAUGAACUUCCAGGCGUCGGGCCUGUGGGGGGACAGCUUCUCGGGUACGGACGCCUACCUGAAGGUCUUCUUUGGAGACCAGCAGCUGCGAGUGGACACCGUGUGGAAUGAUAACAACCCCAGGUGGAUGACGCGGCUGGACUUCGGGGACGUGCUCCUGUCCACGGGGGGGCCCCUGAGGGUGCAGGUGUGGGACCAAGACCACGGCUGGGACGAUGACCUGCUGGGCACCUGUGACCAGAACCCCAGGUCCGGCCUGCACGAGGUCAAAUGCAACCUGAACCACGGCCACCUGAGGUUCUCCUACCACGCCAAGUGCCUGUCUCACCUGACGGGGGCAACCUGCCUGGAGUACGCCCCCCAUGGCCUUCUCGGGGAGCUUCCCGGAAACCGGAGCGGGCCAGUGUGGUGAGAACAGCCAGUCUGGAGCGGGUGCAUGUGCCUGGCCGGAAGGGGCUCUCACGGACGCAGGCAGGACCGAUGCUUAUAUACCCAUUAGCUGGAAGACUGAGGCUUACUUCCGCCCCUCGCCGCCCCCCACCACGAAGUGACUGAAUUCACAGGCUGGCCCUGAGUCUCCUGUCCAAACUGCCUUCACUCCCUGAUCUUCUCGAGCCCUGGAAAUGAGCUGGGGCCAGGCCACCACUUGGGUCAGGAGCCGGCUGGGAGACUUCCCCGCAGGCUGCGUGGUAUCAUUGAACGCCUUUUCCUCUCGGCCCUGUUGGCGCACUGAAUUCCUCACCCUGUCGCGUCUGACCCUGCUCGCCCCAGCUGCUCUCCUCGCUCUGUCAUCUUUACGCACCAAGCAUUGCCCCCUCACACAUCAAGGGCUAUCUGGACCUGCCUCAUGUGUGCACAGCCGGACAGAGGACUAAUGGACGUGAUGUGACAUUGACCAGGAUGGUGAUGGCUGCGGCAGAGGAGCAAACCGGGACCAAACGCAGCCCUAGAGACCAACUUCCACAUCUGCAACCUUACAGGACAGGUGGCUCGCCCUGGGGUGGGUUUGCAAAAGGGCUGGAAAUGGGGGGACCCAAAAUAUUUUGCUUCCCUCAUAACUUUUAAUUCAAGAAACAGCAGCAUGAGCUCAGUGAUCAGAGGCAACAGACACUCAGGUCCCGGCCGGGUGGCAUCGGGAAGCGGUGAGGACCAGGCAGAACUGAAGAGCACAUGCUUUACCUAAAGGGGACCUGUGGCUCUGUGCUCACCAAGGGAAUGUGAGUCCCGGGCUGACAGGGCCCUCCGGUUUCUGAAAGUGACCAAAAACCCCACCUUGACUUCUUUGAUUGUGGGCAAUGCAUUUCUCUUUGUAAAAAUAAACCUGUGUGGCCAAGCGUGGUGCGCAGUGA